GGGGGGUCCGGCGGAAUCCAAAAAUAGUGGAUUCGGUGCAUCCCUAGCCUUUACAGUGUUGAUUGUCAUGGACCUUUUAAUUCUUAUUUAUAAAAUGUAUUUCUGGGAACUUUUAACUAACCUUUCAGUUUUUAUCAUGACAGUUUCAGGUUCUACGCUUUAGAAACAUUAAUAACAGCUUCCAGUCAGAAAGUCCUUUUAUUUUUCUUCUGAAUGCAGAAUGACUGCAGACUUUGCCUAAUGACAGCAUGGAAAGUACAGUCACACACUGCACCCUUUUUCAUCAAGUCUGUCGGUUCAGAAAUAAGCCUGUCUGACUUUGGGGCUUCCUGUUCAGCUCUCGGAAUCUGCGACUUCAAGAACAAUGCGCUCUAGCUUUCUCGACAAAAACUAAGCUGGAAGAGUGAGAAUGCUUUUCAUCCUGAUAUGAAGCUGGUAAUGAAACAUGGGCACCAAUGCUUCAAACCAGACAUGGACUUCCAACCUAAUAGGAAAUUCAAGUUUUUGCAAUCCGGCAUACAACGAGAGUGUCCACUUUGUUACGGCGAUGUACAGUGUUGUUUUGGUGAUUGGAUUCCCAGCAAACAUAUUAACAUUGUGGUUAACAAUACUGCAGAUACGUAGAAAAAAUGUACUGGCCGUCUAUCUGUUCAGUCUCUCAUUAAGUGAAUUAAUGUACUUGGGGACUUUGCCUCUCUGGAUCCUUUAUGUGAAGAAUGACCACAAAUGGGAAUGGGGUGCUUUGGCUUGCAAGAUCACUGGGUACAUCUUCUUCAACAACAUAUACAUAAGCAUAUUCCUGCUGUGCUGUAUUUCUCUAGACCGAUUCUUGGCAGUUCAGUACUCCUUGGAAUCCCGAGGUGUAAGACGUCAGAGAAUAGCCACAAUUGUAACUGUUGGUCUAUGUUUAACUGUAGCACUGGUUCACUCUCCUGCAUUCAUUAUAAAAGAGGGAGACACAGAAGAACAAUCGACCUGCUUUGAAACACUGCCAAUGCCUCGGAUGAUUGCUAAUUUCUAUUUUGCUCGAUUUAUCAUUGGCUUUUUAAUACCUUUAACGGUUGUCAUGUUCGCAAACUGCAGCAUAAAAAGAAAGAUCCAAAUCAGCGACAGUUUCUCACACCACCAAAAGUUCAAAGUAAAGUGUUUGUCAAUAGCUGUAAUAACCAUAUUUAUGAUUUGCUUUGCCCCUUAUCAUCUUGUUCUCCUCAUUAGGGCCAUAGCGUUUGUUGUGAACCCAGAAAACUCCUGCCCCUUUGAGGAGAAUAUUUACACAUAUAACGCAGUGCUCCUGUGCCUAGUCACGGUAAAUAGUGUGGCUGAUCCGUUUAUCUAUGUGCUGGUCAGUGAAAAUGUGAGAAAGGACAUCUGCAGAGGUCUACGGACAUGGAGAAGGCAACUGUCGACAUCUGUCAAAAGUGACAAUAGCAAUUACCCUCACGUUCACAGCUCUAAAGAACUCCAAAUGGAGAAUUCUUCGGCGUAACCUGCACAGCUUUUAUAACCUCAAAACUGCCAGAAAGUACUUUUAAUGGAAUGGAAAUAGCCUUUUUAAGACUUGCUUGAUAAUAUCUAACUUGGACUGCUUGGAACGAACAUGUACUAGGCGGUAAAUAGUGUCCAAUAGUGGGGUGUGAUUCACUUCAGUAACUUACGGAAACCAAGGGGUUGUUCACCCUUAAAGGGGACCUGUCACCCAAACAUAAAAAGCUGUAUAAUAAAAGUCCUUUUCAAA